UCCUCCCCAAAAUGUCCUUUCCCAACAGCUCUCCUGCUGCAAAUACUUUUUUAGUAGAUUCCUUGAUCAGUGCCUGUAGAAGUGACAGUUUCUAUUCUAACAGCGCCAGCAUGUACAUGCCACCCAGCACAGAGAUUGGCACUUAUGGCAUGCAAACCUGUGGACUGCUACCCUCUCUGGCAAAAAGAGAAAUCAAUCACCAAAACAUGGGCAUGAAUGUGCAUCCCUAUAUACCUCAAGUAGACUCUUGGACUGAUCCGAGCAGGUCCUGUAGGAUAGAACAACCUGUUACACAGCAGCUCCCCACUUGCUCCUUUCCUACCAACAUUAAGGAGGAGACCAACUGCUGCAUGUAUUCUGAUAAGAGAUCCAAAGUGAUUUCUGCAGAGUCCUCGUACCCGAGGCUGGUGCCUGACAACUGUCCUGUGGAGAACUCAGAGGUGCCAGUCCCAGGAUAUUUCAGGCUGAGCCAGAGCUACGCCACCGGCAAACCCCAAGAGUACAAUAAUAACCCAGAAAGCAGCUCAUCCCUAAUGUUACAGCUCAACCCUCGCUCCAGCUCCAAACAGCAGAUCCCUCCUCAACUUCACAUGGACAAGAAAAUGAAUGAGAAUCCGGCCAGCCAAGACUCAUGCAAAGUCCCAUCUGGGGAGAGUCCCGACCCCAAGUCUGCGCUGCAGGAGGACAGGAGCUGCCUGGCUGAGGUGUCUGUGUCCAGCCCAGAAGUGCAGGACAAGGAGACUAAAGAGGAAAUCAAGUCCGAUACCCCAACAAGCAAUUGGUUAACUGCAAAGAGUGGCAGAAAGAAGAGGUGUCCCUAUACCAAACACCAGACAUUGGAGUUAGAGAAGGAAUUCUUGUUUAAUAUGUAUCUGACGCGAGAGCGCCGCCUAGAGAUCAGUAAGAGUGUGAAUCUCACUGACAGGCAGGUCAAGAUCUGGUUUCAAAAUCGCAGAAUGAAGUUAAAGAAGAUGAGCAGAGAGAACCGAAUCCGCGAAUUGACCGCGAAUCUAACUUUUUCGUAAGAACUGACCAACAUGCUAUUUAACCUUUGACAAAGCAUCAGCCAUUGCAACACUCUGAGAGACUUUAAGAACAUUUCACAAACAUAUCUUUUUUAAUUUCUGUGAUAGGGAAUGUGGUCCAUUGUCAUUUUUUAGUGCUUCAAGUGUCUCUAUGUAUUUCCAUGGGACUAGUAAUAAUGAAAGAAUAAAUCGAGCACAUGUAAUUUAUUUUUUUUCACCGACUGGCAAGGUAAAUGUGACAAAAAAGUUUAUCCUUUGAUCUUUAACUUAUUGGGACUGUUGGACACAUCUAAGCAAUGUGACUUUUUAUGUUUUUACUCAAAUGGUAUUUCUGUGUGCUACUUCAUGGACCUUGGUAUUUUAAACCAUGAGUACUCUUGAUGACUUUUAGGGGGGGGAAAAAAGCACAUUUUUUCUGUAAAUGUCUGCUCAGAUGAAUUGAAAAAAAAAAAAAA